AGGUACCCUUGAUAUGUAUAAUAGAGAAAGGCUUGUAACUCUUAUUCAGUUUCGGCAAGUGAAAAAUAAUUAGACAAAGGCAUUUGAUAUUGCAUUAUGUAGCUUUUGACAUGCAUGUAACUCAUCUAGAUUGUCACAAAAUGUAAAUAAAGAAUUCUGUGUAUUUCCGGAGGUAUUUAAGAAAUAAGCAUUUGUGCUUCAUGAAAAAUAUGCCUGCAUCAAGCGUUGCAGUUCAUAUCCUCAUUUUCAUACCUGUUUGAAUUCCCAAGAUUCAUAUUAGAGGUGCCCUGAUACAUCAUGAUAUUCAUCUUGGCGAUAUACGGAUCUAUACACGUCUUUUAAAUGACAAUACCCGUCUUAGCGGUUUUCCAAAAAUAUCAGAAUGUCACAAGUCAGGUAUUUUUAGUCCGCCUAGCAGAAAAUAAAAGUAGAACAAAAUAACAUGGCAGACUAUAACAUUAACAAAACUGACUGGAAGCAAGUAAGGGGUAUGGUAGAGGUUUGGCUUGCCAGUUUACGAAAGGGAAAACAGUGCAAGAAACAUUGAUAAGACAAAAUUUAUUUACAAGCUGUGAUAUUUAUUUUAUUAUUGUCAAGUAACUAGCUGAACCGAGUGAUAUUUUUUGUUUUGUUUUGAACUGAAUAAGUUUGAAAUCCUUUUUUGUACUUUUUUUUAGCUCACCUGAGCUGAAAGCUCAAGUGAGCUUUUCUGAUCACCCAUUGUCCGUCAUCCAUCCGUUCGUCCGUCCGUCCGUCUGUUCGUCUGUCUGUAAAUUUUUGAUACUUUUAACUUCUUCUCUAGAACCACAGGGCCAAUUUCAACCAAACUUGGUACAAAUCAUCCUUGGGUGAAGGGGAUUCAAGUUUGUUCAAAGGAAGGACCAUGCCCCCUUCAAAGGGGAAAUAAUCACAAAAAUGUAAAAAUAGGGUAGAGUAAUUUAAAAAUCUUCUUCUCAAGAACCACUGGCCAGAAAAGGUGAAAUUUAUAUGAAAGGUUUUCGACAUAGUGCAGAUUCAAGUUUGUUAAAAUCAUGACCCCCGGGUUGGAUGGGGCUACAAUAGGGGAUCAAACUUUUACAUACAAAUAUAUAGGGAAAAUCUUCCCAAGAACCACUGGGCCAGAAUUGUUAACAUUUCCAUGAAAGCUAUAUUCUGACAUAGUGCAGAUUCAAGUUUUCUAGAAUUAUGGCCUAUGAGGUAGGAUGGGGGCACAAUAGGGGAUCAAAGUUUUACAUACAAGUAUAUGGAGAAAAUCUUCUUCUCAAAAACCAUUGAGCCAAAGAAGUAUACAUUUCCAUGAAAGCUUCCUGUCAUAGUGCAGAUUCAAGUUUGUAAAAAUCAUGGCCUCCGGGGGUAGGAUGGGGCCACAAUAGAGAUCAAAGUUUUACAUUUGAAUAUAUAGGGAAAAUGUUUAAAUAUGGGCCAAGGUGCUGCAGGUUAGCGUUGUGGCCCAUGGGCCUAUCAUAUUACGUAUCGGAUCGGCUAAUAAGAAUAUCGUCCCACCCCUAAUUCAUAUGCAUAUUGUUCACAUCUGCAUUGCUUUCAUGAGCUCAAGGAAAUUGCUAUCAUUACAGUUGGUAAAGAUAUCAAUGACAAAAGCACUGAAAAUGUAAAUAUUAAAGUAUGAAUUUUAAAAAUUUGACCUCUUUACAGUAGUCAACAUUAGUUUGGGCCCACUGAACUGUCCAUUAUUUCACAUGUACACAAACGAUAUUUGCAAUUCAAGGAACAAACUCUAUUUGAUAACAUUUUGAAGUUUAAAAACUCAUCUCCAUUGGAAAAUACACGUGUAAAAUAGUUCCAAUGGGAGAAACUUCCCUCAGCUGUACUUUACAACCUGCAGCCAUUUUAAGGUAGCUCAUUACACAAAAAAAAAUUUAGUGGGUCGUUAAAACACCUCAUAUGAAGCAUGAUUUCACCAAUAUACAUGAAUUUUUUGUGAUUUUUCCUGGAAUGAUAAAAAAAAGUGUUUUGCUAGCAAAUAAGAGUUUCUAGAGUCCAAAUUUCAUAUAAAAUACUUGAGAGCUUGUAUCACUCUUUCGAUGGUGAAAUCAUACUUGAUAAUAGCUGCAGAACUGUAGCUCUCUGAAAAAAUAUUUUGACGGAACAGAGAGCUACAGUUCCACCCCUAAUAAACACCUUCAAUAUACGGCGCACAAAAAGCUGCGCACGGUUGAGACCUGAUAUCGUUGUAUUCUUGUGUUGCUGUCUCAUAAAUUUAAUAUGAAAAAAUUCUUAACAUAUUUUCCUACUAUAGUUGUGUCCAAACAUACCUUCAAAUAUUCAUUAAAGCCCCAUACGACCCGAAAACUCCCAGCUUCAAAUGAAUUUGUUUGUUGACGUAGCCAUGUUAGGUAACCGGGUCAAUUCGAACCCUGUUGUUGUUGGUAUAUAUUCAUAAAAUUCGUUAUAAGUUAUAUGUUCGCUCUUCAUUUAUUAUCAGCAUGAAUAAUUUAUAGAAAUUAAAAAAUAAAGUUUUUCUAAAGGUAAAAUAAGCUCUUGAUUAAUGAUAAUGCUACAAAAGUCCUUAACACUCGUGUGAAAGGGAUGGAGACCGAACCAGACUAAUGAAAGCCGCAUUUCCGUGAGUUUAGCUAUUUGAAUAAUUAUUAUUUAAAGGAACUGGAAUGAUAUAUUAUUUAAAAUAUUUAGCUAAAAUAGUUGUGAGGAUAUUAGUUCACAUCAAGAGGUUAUUGUUCAAGUAUGGAAAUGAACCGGGGUUCGAAUUGACCCGGUUACCUAACAUGGCUACGUCAACAAACAAAUUCAUUUGAAGCUGGGAGUUUUCGGGUCGUAUGGGGCUUUAAUGAAUAUUUGAAGGUAUGUUUGGACACAACUAUAGUAGGAAAAUAUGUUAAGAAUUUUUUCAUAUUAAAUUUAUGAGACAGCAACACAAGAAUACAACGAUAUCAGGUCUCAACCGUGCGCAGCUUUUUGUGCGCCGUAUAUUGAAGGUGUUUAUUAGGGGUGGAACUGUAGCUCUCUGUUCCGUCAAAAUAUUUUUUCAGAGAGCUACAGUUCUGCAGCUAACUUGAUAAGAGGUGUUUUAACGAGCCAUUGAUUAGAAUUUUAGUGUAAUGAGCAACCUUAGAACAUCUGUAAUGAAUAAAUUCUUUAAAAAAAUAAUUUUGUUUGGUAAAGGUACUAUGAGAUCCAUCAAAAAAGUAAGGAAAGUGGCAUGGUAGAUUUUUAACUUGUGUGUGCACAAACAAGCCAAGAGAUGUGGUCAAAUGGAUGUUUAUUGGCCUCUGGGUAGAAAACUAAAAUACAAAUAAAACAUACGUAACUACUCAGUAUAUGUAAAAAAGCCUUUAAAAAAAAACUACAGUAUAUGCCAUUCUAACAUAUGAAAUAUGUUUCAGUUCAUGAGGACAGACCAUGAUUUACACUAUGCAAAGAAAUAGCGACAAACUGACACUUACACAAUGACAAUUGAUACUUUGAAAAUUUACAUUAAUUCCCAUACUUAUCAAUCACUAACACAAUAUUGUACCAUAAGCUUAAGAUAAAGUUAACAAUGCCAAGCCAUAUUUUACAACAUACCAAUUGCACAAGUAAAGAAAUGCCAUGUAUCGAACUACUAAAAUACUCAUUGAAAUGUAUGUCUACAUGAAUGCAUAAUGUUGUAGGAGUAGAAAUACCAACGUUUUAAUAGUAAUUGUAAAACAUCUUACCCUUCGUGGGUGUCUAAAUGGCUGCAAAAUCCAUCGUGGAUCUGUACUUUUUAUCAAAAUACUGAAGUCUGAGGCGAUAAUACAAUAAAAAACCAAAUCUGGAAAAAUUUCCGUAUAGCGAACAUUACAUUGUGCGUACAUCUUUUUUUGCAUCACUGGGUAUACCAAAGAGUUGAUAAGAGUGGUUGUUAUAUUUAGAUGCAUAAAACCAAAGGUUUGUAUUUCCUGUUGCACAAAACAGUCUUCUCAAUUAGAUCUGCUACAUUGUCAAUGUGUUGUUAUCUCGCAUCUAUUGUCCUGUCCUGGCUUUGAUUGAUCUUACAGGGCAGUGUAGAGAAACUUUACUGAAAUGUAAUAGAGAACAUUCACUCAUACUUAGCUCAAGAAUUUCUUUCUACCAGUUAUAUGUCUUGACCCUCAAGGUCAAGGUCACAGGAAUUAAAAUCAUAGUCCGGUACAUUUUAAACUAUGUAAUACUGGGAUUGUAGAAGUUUGUUGAAGUACAUUGUAAGCACGGUGGUGGUGGUGGGAUGGGGAUUGACCCAUUAGUACAAAUCUAGUUGAUAAGAGGAAAGAAUACUGGACAGAUGGUAUAUAUGUAUAUAUUACUAAAAAGAAAUGUAUGUAUCUGUACUAAAGGAAAUGGUUAAUGGCCGACAUUUGUGCAGUUACUCCCCUUACACCGGAAGUUGGGGGCGUACUUGCGAUUGCGGUCCUAAGCCUCGCAUAAAUAGCAUUAACAAAUAGUGCAUAGUCAAGAUUAUGUUACCAAAUUCAUUAUUAUGCCGAGUUUUAACAGGUUGUAUUAUAUCUAUGACAUAAACAAGGUUUAAUUUCUUCGAUUUUAUGGAGAAAACCUUUUAAAUUAUGCAGUUUGUCAAAUUGUAGAGUUGGGGUAGGGGGAGGGAAUGUUAUAGGUGUAUUGAACGUUUAUUUCUGUCCAGUUAUAAUGCAAUUAAUAUCGAUAAUUUCAGUCGUAAUCUGUUUUAAAAACAACAGACACCUAGAAUUAAAGCACAGUGAAAGCAUGUGAUAUAGUCAGGCAUGUAGCAUUGUUUAAAAAAGGAGGAAGUUGACUUCAUAAUAUUGCCCGACAAUUUAUGACAAGUAAAUUUUUAAAAAUCCAAAGCUCAAGAGGGAAGGCAGCAAGGCUUGAUCUUUUGGUUCCAUUCAUCGAUUAGAUUUUUUUACAUUUCCACUAUAUCAUUCACAAUGCUGCUUUUUUAAGGGGGGGGGGGGGGGGGCUUCCAGCCUAUCUACAGAUCAAUUUCUGCUCGUAAAAAUAUCCAACUUUGCAUGUAAUAAUAAGAGGGGACAGACCCAUUGUUGCUACGUGCCUGAUAAUUGUUUUUGCGCUCACUUGAGUAAUUUAAGUGCAAGAAGAGCUGUAAGUUGAUGUACACAAAAUUUAACUUUCAAAAGAUUGAAUCACAUGUGGAAAAAAAAAUUUCAACUAAAAUAUUAUACUAGAGAUACCAAUUCGAGAUAAUUAACAUGUUCUGUUUAUUGACACCUAGUGUACAUCUAGCAACAAGUAGUUUGUUCUGUGUGAAAGGAUAAAUUGAUGAUGUACAUGUAUGCAUUGGUUGCACAUGUGUUUUAGGUAUAACUUAUAUUGCAUGUGUUUUGGUGGUCGAAAAUAUUGAUAAAAAUCAUUAAUGAAGAAUUGCUGAUAUACUAAAGACACUCUGGUUAAAAGAAGGACUAGUUAAUAUUUACAUACUUUCUUACAUUAUUACCAUACACUGCGAGUGAGAAAACCACACAAGAGACACAUACUAGUAAAUGUAACCAGUAACUGAACUAUUAUUAUUCAGUUACACUAUUUAAGUCAUUACACUUAAUUCUUAGAAAAAUUCCUUAACUGGCAAUUGAUUGCAAUCAAAAAUUGUAAAUUUUCUAUUUAUUCCUUAUAUGACACCAUCGACUGAAGACCACAUUGUGGAAAAUGUAGGCCAUUGGUUGGACAAGAAACAAAGAAUUAGCAAAUCAGUUACAGAAUCAGAGAGAGGAAAACCACAAAUUGCACAAACAGGUCCAGCAAGCACAAGAACAUGCACAGUCUUUGCAAUCUCAACUGGACCAGGAAAUGGAGAGCUCCACAGAAAAACAGAAAAAAGAAAUGGGACCACUCAGAGAGCAGCUACAGGCAAUUCAGUCUGAUGUUCAGGUACACAUACAGACAAUAGGUAUUUUAGUGGCAGAGAAGACAGAACUACAGUCACAGCUGAGCCAGUCCCAAAAGAUAGCAACCCAAAGGCUCUCUGAAAUUGAGGAUAUUAGUUCUCGAUUGAAAAUUUCCAGACAACGAACUGGUGAUCUUGAAAGAAGUCUUGCCACUGCCACUAACUCUGCCCAACAGUUUGAAAUAAGCAGUAAAGAGUUUGCAAGGGAGGUUGACAGGUUAAAGAUAGACCUUCAUCAUUCCAGGAAAAGCCAGGAGGAUUUACACCAGGUGGUGGAGGAGCUGGGGGGAGAACUUCAGAGCAAGAAAUUGGAGAGUAGUCAGCUAGAGGAAAGUGUGCGUGACCUAAAGUCAAAGGUUGAAAUGGCAGAGCUAUAUGUACAGCAGUCAUCCAGUCAGGGCAACCACCAAGACCAGACACUGCAGUCUUUGGAACAGCAGCGACGUGAAAUGGAGGCUCUGAAGGCAGAUAUUUCUGAGAUUCAGGAGUUGUAUAGCAGAUCUACAUCAGAAAAAGAGGAAAAUAAGAGGCAUUACCAGUCAGUUGUGGAUCAGUUACAACACCACAACUCUCAACUUACCAGUCAGGUCACAACAUUAACAGAAGAAAGAGAAAAACUUGUGCAAAGGGAACAUGACCUGGAGGUUGCAGUACUAGAAUUGCAAGAAAAACUACAAAACAUGGACAGUGAUCAAACCUCACAGCUAAAUGAAAGUGAAAGACAGAGUCAAGAGAAGAUUAAUCAGCUGAUGUCAGAGCAAGCAGACCUCAAACAACAAUGUAAAGCCCAAAGCCAAGACAAUGCCAAUUUCAGCAGUCUGUUGGAAGAAAAGGAGGAGAGGAUCUCAGAUUUAGAGGGGAGUCUGUCUCAAUUAAAGAAAGAGGCAGAAGACACAUACCAGUUACUGGAAGGGGUGCAGAAUGACAAAACAGCUCUCAGUCGAGCUCUCGCACAAAAUAAGGACCUUAAACAGCAACUGGUGGAAUUACAAAAUGGUUUUGUUAAAAUGAGCAACGAUAACAUGGAGUUGAUGACCAAAGUUCAAUCUGAGCAGCACAGCUCUAGAGAACUGCUGUGUCGACUGAGUCAACAGGAUGAAGAAAUUAAGCAACUCAAAGAAACUAUAUCCAAUAGAGAGAAUUUGGUGAAGGAAACUCAGAAUGUUGAAAACACUUACAUAGAUGACCAUCUCCAAGACAGACUGAGGCAUUAUGAGGCUCAGGCUCAGCUUGUGGAAACCCUGCAGAGAGAGCUCCAUAACUCACAGGAUAUGAUUGAUGCUUUAACAACACAGAACAGUGAAUUAAGGACGAUGUUGAUCAAGUCUUCAGAGAAAGUUGGAAAUAAUGGAUUGUCACCUAUGGAAGUGGACACUGAGAAAGAUGAAUUGAUUGCUUCUCUACAGAAGACAGUCAGAAAUCUGGAGGUGGAUAGAGAGCAGCUGAUCCAGAACCUAAAUGACCAGAGGCAACUAUCUGACAAACUCAGUGUCAAUGUAGCAGACAUGCAAGAGGAACUUAUAAAACAAUCCAAUGGUACGACAGUAAGUUCUUUGCAGUUCACCAAACUGGAAAAUACCAUGGAGCUGAUUCAGGAGAAAUAUAACAGGGUGAUGAAGGAUAAAGCAGACCUGUGUGACAGAAAUGAUGAGCUAGAGCAUAUUGUGUUACAACUGCAGGGAGAGUCAGACACUAUAGGAGAGUAUAUUUCCCUGUAUCACCACCAGCGAGCCUUGUUACAACAAAGAGAAACUCAGAAGAAUGAAUAUAUAUCUCAUCUAGCAAGGGACAGAGAAGAAAUACAGGGUAAACUGAGUGAGCUACAAAUUUUGGUGAUGCAACUUCUGGGUGAGAAGAACAUGUUGCACCAUUAUCACGAACAGUCUCUCACAGGAAGUAGCCUUCGUCAGCUGGAGGAACAACAAUUCCAACAAUAUCCUACAAAUGGUCAUCAGCCAGGGAUGACCAAUGGGCACACAGACUGGCCAGAUUACACAAGCUCCGAGUCAGAUGCAGACAGCGAGGUGGAGGUUGUAGUGGAGACUGACCACAAUGAAUCUGCAGCCAAAUCCAGACUCCAGCCAAGCAUUCCAGAGCCCGAGGCCUUCUACCAACCUGCUGAGGAACAACCUGUCAAAGACAAUCAAACUGCCAGCAAAAUCCUUCAUCUUCUCUCAGAAAUUGGACAUUCCAAUCUCAUUGACCAUACCGUGGAAGACCAUAUAGACCAUAAUUUCUUACCAUGUAAAUACUGUAAAGGACAAGUUCUUAUAGUGUGAGAAGGGCAUCAAUUUGUGUUGACCAUUUAAUAUUUUGCUAAUAUGCACUAAUAGGUACAUGUAUGUGCAAUAAGGUCUUUCACUGGACUGUACAAUAUUUUAAAAUCGGAUUCUUUACAUGCGAUAUUAAAUCAGUCAGUAUUGCUGGGUGUAUUAUACAAUUUUAGUAGAAUGUUAUCUGCAUGUAUGUUGAUGUCAGAGUACAUUUGGAAAUUUCCAUAUCAUUUGUGGAUUCUGAUCUUUAUGUAACCUUUUGUGAUUGUCAAGUGAAACUCAGGAUUUUUAUCUAGCAUGAUGUGCAAAUGUUAUCUUUUGAAGACUGACUAGUGAACAUAUUUAUUUAUAUUUGCAUUUUACAUGGUGAUGGGGCAUAUUGCAGUAUCUGACAGAAAAAACAUUGUGUUGAUUCAAGUAAAUAUGAAAUGUCUUGUAGAAAACAAGAGUUCAGCAUGUAUAAAAUGUUGGAACAUUUCAUUUAAAAAAUGAAUUGAAUAGCUGUAAUUUGAAAAGGGUUUUCCAUAUUUUUGAGUGAUACACAUAUUUUCAAUCUAGAAGGUAACCAGUAUAAUCCAGUGCAUAAAUGAAUACAUUGAUUGAGAUUUACGGCAAUAUUUUCUAAAGUUGUAAAGUUUGUGUCAUACAGACUACAAAUACAUUGGCUUUAAUUUGUGGAAAGAAACAUUCCAUUAAUUAGGAAUACAUGAUAUGUCAUCACAUGUUACUGUCUAAACAGGGGACCAUAGGAUUGUAGACUGAUAUUCUGCUAUAUUACAAUAUUCAGAUAUUUUUUGCUAUGUAAAAUUAGAGUUGUGAUGACUUUCAAGUUUCCCUGAACUUUGUUUUGUACAAUCACAUUAUGUGAAAGAUUUGUUGAAAAAAACAACAACCAGGAAUGCCAAUCCUAUUACUGUAAGGAAUCCUAUUACUGUAAGGGAUCUUAUUACUGUAAGGAAUCCCAUUUUUGUAAGGGAUCUUAUUACUGUAAGCGAUCUUAUUAUUGUAAGGGAUCCUGUUACUGUAAGGGAUCCUGUUACUGUAAUGGAUCUUAUCACUGUAAGCGAUCUUAUUAUUGUAAGGGAUCUUAUUAUUGUAAGGGAUCCUGUUACUGUAAGGGAUUUUAUUACUGUAAUGGAUCUUAUCACUGUAAGGGAUCUUGUUACUGUAGGAGAUCUUGUUACUGCAGGCGAUCCUAUUACUGUAAGGGAUAAGGAAUCCUAUUACUGUAAGGGAUCCUAUUACUGUAGGAGAUCUUAUUACUGUAGGGGAUCCUAUUACUGUAAGGGAUCUUAUUACUGUAAGGAAUCCUAUUACUGUACAGGAUCCUAUUACUGUAGGGGAUCCUAUUACUGUAAGGAAUCCUAUUACUGUAAGGGAUCUUAUUACUGUAAGGAAUCCUAUUACUGUAAGGAAUCCUAUUAUUUGUUUAUGUUAAUUCUGUACGAUUUUCACCUUGUUUGCUUUAAUCUUUGUUAAAUAUUUAUAUAUUAAUCCACUGUGUAUUUAUAGAUACACUGUACUUGGUUAAACCAACAUAAUUUGUAAAUGGAAUGUACUGGAUAUUUUUUAUAUAACAAUAUCAAGAGAUAAUGAUGUACUGAUA